AAAUGGUGUUUCCUCAGCCUCACAUUCUCCUAGACCAAUAAUAGAAUUGGUCUAGGAGAAUAGGAGCCAAUAGGAGCCACUCUUGAACACUAUAAAAUAAACGCUCUAUCCCAAACCCUCACCGGAGACUCGGAUAACUCUGGAGCUCAGUGCACAUUUCAGGAAUUUUGUGUCAAACGCGUCAUUAAGUAGUCCACAGACCCUUGUUUUAUUGGAGCCACCACCAUGGGAAACAAUUUGAAAAAGAUGAAGUACUCGACUGAAGCAGAGUAUCCUGAUCUGACCAAGCACAACAACCACAUGGCUAAAGCACUCACCCCUGCCAUGUACAAGUGCCUGCGCAGCAAACAGACACCGAGUGGCUUCACGCUGGAUGAUGUGAUUCAGACUGGAGUCGAUAAUCCAGGUCACCCAUUUAUUAUGACUGUGGGCUGUGUGGCUGGAGAUGAGGAGACCUAUGAGGUGUUUAAGAAGCUGCUGGACCCGGUUAUUGAGGACAGGCAUGGAGGAUACAAACCCACUGAUAAACACAAAACUGACCUAAACCCAAACAACCUCAAGGGUGGGGAUGAUCUGGAUCCUAACUAUGUGCUGAGUUCUCGUGUGCGAACAGGCAGAAGUGUCCGUGGUUUUUGCCUGCCACCACACUGCAGUCGUGGAGAGAGGAGAGAGAUUGAAAAACUCUCCAUAGAAGUUUUAGGUGCCCUGAGUGGAGACCUGAAGGGAAAAUACUAUGCACUGAAAAAUAUGACUGAAGAAGAACAGCAGCAGCUGAUUGAUGACCACUUCUUGUUUGACAAACCUGUAUCUCCCCUGCUGUUGGCCUCUGGAAUGGCCCGGGAUUGGCCUGAUGCCAGGGGAAUAUGGCACAAUGACAACAAAACAUUCCUUGUGUGGGUGAAUGAAGAGGAUCACUUGCGUGUCAUCUCCAUGCAGAAAGGUGGAAACAUGAAGGAAGUGUUUACUCGUUUCUGCACAGGCCUCACACAGAUUGAGGAGCUAUUCAAGAGUAAGGGGCGUGAGUUUAUGUGGAAUGAGCACCUGGGCUACAUUCUCACCUGCCCUUCUAACCUGGGUACAGGUCUGCGUGCAGGUGUGCAUGUCAAACUCCCCAACCUGAGUAGGCACAAGAAGUUUGAACAAGUGCUUAUGAGAUUACGCCUUCAAAAGCGUGGAACAGGUGGUGUGGACACUGCUGCAGUGGGUGGUGUGUUUGAUAUCUCUAAUGCUGACCGGCUGGGCUUCUCUGAGGUGGAGCUUGUUCAGAUGGUGGUAGAUGGGGUGAAGCUGCUGGUGGAGAUGGAGAAGCGACUAGAAAAUGGCAAGACCAUUAGUGACCUAAUACCUGCUCAAAAGUAAUUUCAGCAAAAAUCCUUGUACCUCAUUCCUCCAGAAUGAACCUUUUCUCAAUAUGAACUCCUAUUGGGUUAAUAAAAGAAUGUAUAUUGUAUUUAAGAUGCCUUUAAUAUGGUGACAAAAAUUUAAACACUGUUUAAAGUCUAUUGUCUUGUUCAAAUAAAUAUUAAUAAUAGUAAUAGCCAUAACAAAUGUACUACCUAUUCAUUUAUAUAAAAACAAACUUUAUAAUAUACAGAUCCUUCAAUAAAACUUCUUGUUUCUGAUUCUGA